CCGUAGCAGACGACGUCUGUCGUCAACAUAAACAGCUGUGAGAUUUCAUCAGUUCCAUAAAAACAAUUUGCCGUCGAAUUUCAUUUUCAGGGAAAGGAACGGUUAGUGAACUAUGGAAGAUAAAAGUGAUACCCAAAUCAAAAUGGAUUUGAAGGAUAGUCUGAAAGACAGCAUUAUAAAAGAAGCUCUCAAUUCAGGUGUAGAUUUAAGGCAAUAUUCACAGCAAGUUGAACAACAGCUGCAGGAGGUUGAACUUGUGUCAGUGCAAGACUAUGUUAAUCAAGGGACUUCCUUGGCGCAACUUCACUCACAGUUCACACAAUGUGAUGCUGCCCUUGAAAGAAUGGAAGAGCUUCUUAGUACAUUUAGAUCACAACUUGGAGGCUUAAGUAGUGAUAUCUUACAGCUUCAGCACCAAUCAGCUCAACUUGGAUUGAGGUUGUCUAAUCGCCAAGCAGCAAGAUCAUUAGCUGGUCAGAUUAUUGAUGAUUUAGUUAUUCCUGAAACACUUAUCAGGCAUUUGUUGGAAACUCCAGUGACAGAACCAGUUUUCUCUGAACAACUGAUAAUACUUCAGGCAAAACUGGCUUUGAGUGGAGACCAUCAUCAACGGUGUAGUAGAGCUGCCCAGGACGUCGUACCUGUUCUUGGUGCGUUGCGGAUAAAGGUGGUUGAAAGAUUACGGCAAUUUUUGCUCUUGAAAUUGCAGCAACUCAGAAGACCGCUUGCGAAUUAUCAACUACCACAAAAUUCACUCCUAAAGCACAAGAAUUUUUAUCACUUCCUCAUAACUCAGGAGCCAGAAAUUGCAUAUGAAGUGAGACAAGACUAUGUGCAAACAAUGUCAAAGUUGUACUUCUCAUAUUUCAAAAGUUAUUCUACACGAUUACUGAAACUUGUUGAUUCAAACAGCGUUAAUAAAGAUGACGUUCUUGGAUCAGAAGAUGCGUCUUUAGGAGCAGCUGCCGCGGCUGCGGCCAGAUCUCUGUUUGGGAGAGCUGCGCCUAGUGGACGAAAUUCGAGUAGCAAAUCGACUGUCUUUACCUUGGGAACUCGAGUUGAAGUCGUUACCAAUUUAGAGGCUCCUGUGUUGGUUCCCCAUGCCGCAGCGACAGGUACGAGUGCUGGCCAUAAGGGUGAAACCAAAUAUUCGUACGAAAUUGUUUUCCGAUCUCAGCAUUACGCACUUGCCGAUAAUGCUUGCCGAGAAUAUCUAUUCUUGUGCGAAUUUUUCCACGUUGAGAGGGCCCCUGCCAUGGAGCUCUUUCAAGAAGUUAUGGGAAAGACUUGUACCAUCUACAUGAAAUUUGUCGAAGAGUAUGUCUCAACUUGUUACGAUUCCUUGGCACUCUUUCUUUGCAUUCAAAUGGUCCAGCGAUUGCAAUAUCUUUGCCACAAGAGAGCUGUUCCAGCACUGGAUUUUUAUUAUGAAUCUCUGAUUUCCAUAUUAUGGCCUAGAUUCGAAUAUUUGGUACAGGCAAACAUUCAAAGUGUCCGCGACUGCGAUCCGUCUAGAUUAUAUUCUCACAUCGACACGCGACCACAUUAUGUAGUACGACGCUAUGCCGAGUACACUUCAGCUAUUUCAGCGAUUCACGAACAUAACAGUAUAACUUCAGCAAUGGACUGGACUCCACGCUUGCAUCACUUACUUUCGACAAUGCAAGAGGAAGUUGAAGGUUUCACUCUACGCCUUGCCGCGGCAUUUACUAAAAGAAAGGAUCAGCUUGUUGCCCUGAUCAACAACUAUGACUUAAUGUUAAGCGUGAUGACUGAACGCAACAGAGAAGAAAGUCGCGAAGCCGCACGUUGUAAAGAACUACUCUCCGCUCGAAUAUCCGAAUUUGUUGAGGAGAUAUUGUUUUUCCACUUUGAAGGACUCGUCCGCUUUGUUAAGGAUUGCGAAGUCAUGUUAACUCGGGGACAUAACGAAGCGUUGCGGAAUGAAGAACGUCGAGCUACGCAAACAAUUAAUUCUUUCAUGGCUGGGUGGAAAAAAUCUUUAGACGAGAUCAACAAGGAAAUAUUAAAUCUUUUUCCAAAUUUCAAAAACGGAACCAAUAUUUUGCAAGCUACUUUAACUCAGCUCGUAGAAUACUAUCACCGAUUUCAAAAAAUCCUCACUCAACAUCCAUUCCGCAACGUUCCUGCUCGCGCCGAUUUAAUCAACAUUCAUCAGCUAAUGGUCGAAGUCAGAAGAUACAAGCCAGCUUUCUAAAUUGUUUAGUUUUCCGUUUCUAUUUUCACGUUCCGUUGUCA